ACCCAACGCAAGAAGAAAAUGAAAGGCAUUAAGAAAAAUCUUACAGAAGAACAUCUAUAUCUGGACUUUUCUCACCAAGUAGAAGGAUGCAUCUUUCCUCUUCAUACAUCUGUAACUUUAUUUUUGUUAUCAUAUUGUGACUGCAAAAUCUUUAAAGUUUGCUUAGUCCUUACUGCAGAAAGUACAGAUAUUUCACUACUUAAAAAUGUACUGUCCCAGGAUGUUGAAGUACAGAUUAUUUCAAGGCAGGAGCUUCCACCGAUAGUCCAGAAUUGCUGUUUACCUGCAGUAGUAGAAAGACCAGACAAUUUUUGUAGAGCAGGACUUGCUGUUGUACUGAGACACAUAAUCCAGAAAUCACAUGAAGCAGACCCCUCAAAGAAGGAAAUCUUGGAACUUCUGGGUUUUAAGAAGACUUGCUUGAAAGCCUGUGCUGAAGUUAGUCAGUGGACCAGGCUGUGUGAACUCACCAUCCCUUUAGCUAUUGAGAAUUUUCUCAAAGAAUCUUGUGACCAGCACCCCACUAUCCCUGCAGAAAUACUACAGCUGGAGAAAAAGCUCAGCGAGCCUGUGAGAGUGCACAACGAUGACAAACUCCGUCGGCAGAAGCUGAAGCAGCAGAAGGCUGCUGGAGCGGGGCCUGCCCCUGCCCAGGAGAAAGCGAAGGGCCAGACCCACAGACAGGAAGCGCUGGAGGAGCUGGACUCUUCGUUCCGGAGCCUGGAACUAAAAGUGGCCUUCUCAAAGUUCACGGUGCAGGAAGACCCAGCUGCUCCCAACAGGGAACCUUCUCACAUCAGAAGGGCGGGCACUUCCGCCCUUCCUCCCCUGGAGCACGUCUUUGCAGAGGGCCUGUACUUCACUUUGGCGGACCUCGUGCUCCUGCCCUGCAUCCAUCACUUUUUGGUAAUUAUCUGCAGGAAACUUUCUGAAAGGCUGGUAGAAUUUCCACUGCUGGCCGCCUGGUACCAGAGAGUUCAGGAGGUGCCAAGAGUGAAAACAGCAGCUUCUCGCUGUGGGAUCCAGUUUCUCCGUUUACCAGAGUUGCCGACCACCCCCAGCGAACAGCACCCAAACGUCAGCGAGACCCCUGGGGCAGAGGAGCACAAUGACCCUUCGUUUAUAGGAGGCCCGAGACCAACUAUGACCAAGUUAAUGGAAAAGGGCAUUGAAGUGAUGUUUUCUCCCCACCCUUGCCCUGCUUGGACCCUUGACUGGAAUAGUCUUCCUGCAGCAGUGAGCCCAAAAGAAGGGAAGAUGUCCAGUGACCGAGCUCUGAGGAAGCAGCAGCAGCUGAACAACCUUGUUUACGUGGUGACACAUCAGGCCAGGCCUGGGGACAGGAUCGUGGACUUCUGCAGUGGUGGGGGCCACGUUGGGAUUGUCCUUGCCCACAUGCUGCCCUCGUGCCAGGUUACAUUAAUAGAAAACAAGGAAUUAUCAUUAAUUCGUGCUAAGAAGAGAAGUGAAGAGCUAGGCUUAAGCAACAUUUGGUUCAUUCAAGCAAAUAUGGAGUAUUUUACAGGGAUGUUUAAUAUUGGGGUGGCACUGCAUGCGUGCGGAGUGGCCACGGACAUGGUGAUCGAGCAGUGCAUCAAAACCCGGGCCUCCUUUGUCGCCUGCCCUUGCUGUUACGGUUUCGUCCAGAACACCUCCAAGUUUAACUUUCCAAAAAGUGAACAAUUCAAGAAAACUUUAUCUUACAAGGAACACAUGAUUCUGUGCAGAUUCGCAGAUCAGACAGCUGUCCAGCUCCCACCCCAACGAAGGCUCACGGGUAGGGAAGCAGUGCAUGUGCCUGGUGGAUCUGGAUCGAGCAAGAGCUGCAGAAGAACGUGGCUACUCUGUUCAAGUGAUAUCCAUGGAGCCAGAGAGCUGCUCUCCCAAAAAUAACAUGAUUGUGGGAGUCCCCAUUUAGGAGAUCAUCACGUUUGACAUUGUGCCACCCGACUGGGUGACGAAAGCCCAGUGGCAUUCAGGAGGUUCUUGGCGGAGCUGGGAACCAGCACCAGCCAUCUUGAACCUGUUGUUCUCAGGAAGGAAAGCA